AUGGAUGCGAGAGAAUUUCGCUUGUCGGUUCAGAUCCCCUCCGCGUCCUGGCCCCUGAGCAAUUGGGCAGCAGACAGGGCUCAUGAAAUGGACAAUCUGGAUGGCAUUCCGCAGUUAUCGCCACUCAAGCCACCAUAUCGCUUCAUGCACACAGAUUCUCCUUGUGAUAGUUGGAUGAUCUUUUCCCCUGGUGAAGAUAGACAGCAUGUCACCAUGCAGCUCCUACGAGAUAGCUGGGUCAUGUUCAAAAACAUCCGCUUAGAAACAUGGGUAGAGCAGGUCAUAGGCUUACCCGCCGCAUCCCUCGUGAUCCUUGAAACCUUCCAUGAUCGACUGGCUUUUUCGCUGUUUACUUUUUUGCAUCGAUUUCCUCAUGAAGCCACAAAAUACCAUGAAGCUAUUGGGCGUACAGACUACUUUCUGCACCAGAGUGUUCGCCAUGCUCUCGAAAGAGCUGAAAACGGACCUGAGUAUCAAAGCCUUCAACUCGACGCUUCAUUGAUUCUGGACCCUUUGAAAAGCUUGAUCUCCCGGCCGGACAAGGACAUACUUGUCCGAUUGUCCGCACUUGAAGUUCGUUAUCGACGUUUCCGCACCAGUCCUGAGUUUGCUCGAGGGGAUCACUUCUCUGUGGAUAUGCCUUUCCUUGUGUUGAUGACUGAGCAUCCUGUGAAGGCGGUGGCAGCACGACUCACGAAGGCGGCAUUGGAAGGCUUCUUAGCGCUCUGUGUGACCAAUUUGGUGGAUUACGCGGGGCCAGUCCGUUUGUUAGGGAAGGCGUGGGAUCAACUGUCUCAGGAUGCCCGGGAGCUCGCUGCUGUAGAUUCGGUCCACCAGAAACUGAUCUUACUCGCCAAGCGCCUGUUAAGACUAAACAAUUUCUUCACCCUCACCGCGAUCUUGACUGGUCUUCGUCUCGCUGGAAUUCCUCUCGAGCCCACACUGGCAAACUUUAUCGAUCCAUCGGAUAAUCACCGUACGUACCGACUGCAACUGCACAAAGAACCAUCGCUGCCAUUUUUGUACCCUUUGAUGAUUGACCUGAGAAGAGGCAAUAACAAGGCUCUCAAGCCAAUCUUCAGUUUUCUUGCUUACGAUGGGGCAUUCAGGGAUGAUAUCAGAGUGUAA